GGGACCGGGGCGAGCGGGGGAGGCGGCGGCGGAGCCCGGCAGAGCCGCAGCAGGACCCGCCUCCCACCCCCCGCACCCCCCCCCCGCACCCCCCCCCCCCAGCAUCCCGGCGGGGAGCGGGGCUGCUUUCUGGUUCCCUGUGCCGCCAUCAUGUCUCGGAGCCCCCCCGGCAGCCCUGUGGAUGACAAGACCUAUCUCCUGGAGUACCGAUGCCACCCGGUGCGGCCCGAGCCCCCCAGCCCGACCUCCCCCACCAUGAAGAGCAGCUGGGCCACGGUGCCCGACACCACCUCACCCUUGGCCACGGGCUCUCCCACCUCGGCCGAGCCCCGCCGCAUCGUCCUCAGCACGGACAGCCCGGCCGCACUGAAGGUGGGAACCCAGCAGUUGAUCCCCAAAAGCUUGGCCGUCUCCACCAAGACCAAGACCAACCCCUCCCGGCACCAGAGCUUCGGGGCGGCUGGGUCGAACUGGGAGCCCCUGGGCCCUGACCCCAAGCGGGCGUCCGUCCCCGGCCUCUCGCUGGAGGUGGAGGGUGACGGCGGGGGGGCCCUCAAACGCAACCUGAGGAACAUGUCCUACCGCGCGGCCAUGAAGGGCCUGGGCACGGAGCUGGAGCCGGCGCACGCUGUCCCCUCGCUCAAACCCGUCUCAGAGGAGGGCAGCUCCCAGCCCGCCCGCAGCCCCGGCAGGAACAAGAGGACCUUUGGGCGGAGGCGGGUGCAGAAGCGUGGCGGCUCGUUCAAGGACCAGCCCCGGCUGUAUCAGGAAAUCCGUGAGAGAGGUCUGAACUCCGUCAGCCAUGAGUCAGAUGAGGAUUUGCUGGAGGAAUCCAUACCAGAAGAGCCGACUAUUGUAGUGCAGAGCUAUCGCCCGGCACAGGUGACCUGGAGCCAGCUCCCGGAGGUGCUGGAAGCCGGCCUCCUGCAGAGGAUAUCCCCCGAGGAGCGCAAACGGCAGGAGGCAAUGUUUGAGAUCAUCACUUCCGAGUACUCCUACAUGCACAGCCUGAGUGUCCUGGUGUGCCACUUCAUGAGGUCGGAGGAGCUGAAGGAGACCAUGACUCAGACAGAGCACCACCACCUCUUCUCCAACAUCAGCGACAUCCUGACUGUCAGCACCGGCUUCUUUGAAGACUUAGAGAAGCGCCACCAGGAAAACCUCCUCAUUCCCGACAUCAGCGACAUCGUGGAAGAACACGCCUCGAACCACUUCAAUCCUUACGUCAGCUACUGCUCCAACGAAGUCUACCAGCAGAGGACACUUCAGAAGCUGCUAACCACAAACCCCUUAUUUAAAGAGACCUUGAACCAAAUUGAAAGGAAACCAGAAUGUGGAGGCCUGCCAAUGAUAUCAUUUCUCAUUCUCCCUAUGCAGAGGGUAACACGGCUUCCUCUGCUGUUAGAUACUGUCUGUCAAAAAACAAAAGCAUGCACUGCAGCAUACGGAGCUGCCACCAGAGCUCUGAAAGCCAUCAGCAAGCUGGUAAAGAGCUGCAAUGAGGGAGCUCGUGCUAUGGAGAGGACGGAGCAGAUGUACACCCUGCAGAAACAGCUGGAAUUUGGAAAGAAGAAGCCUUUCCCGCUGAUUUCUGCUUCCCGCUGGCUGCUGAAGCGGGGGGAGCUGUACCUGCUGCAGUCGGAGGAGGUGGGCAUCUUCCGCCGAGGCGCCGGCAGGCUCUGCUACCUCUUCUUGUUCAACGACGUCCUCAUCAUAACCAAGAAGAAGAGCGAGGAGAGCUACACCGUCAUGAACUAUGCCACGCUGGAUCAGGUCACGGUGGAGAAGGUCGAGAGCGCGGACCCGCCUUCCCCUCCUCCCGGCAAAACCGGGAGCGGCGGGCAUCUGCUGCGGGUGGUGAUGGAGAAGGACAGCGAGGGCCGGCGGGAGGAGGUCGUGCUGUCGGCAGAGACGCUGAGCGACCGGGCCCGCUGGAUCGCUGCACUGAUGCACAGAGAAAAGGAAAAGCCUGACACCACUCCUAAAGGAGAUCUGAGCCAGGUGGAGAUAACCCGUGCCUACCUGGCUAAACAGGCGGAUGAGAUUUCCCUGCAGCAGGCUGACGUUGUGCUGGUGUUGGGUGGAGAGGACGGCUGGUGCUGGGGCGAGAGGCUCAGGGAUGGUGAAAGGGGCUGGUUCCCCCAGUCCUGCGCUCGGCAGAUCACCAGCCGCACUGCGGUGGAGGGCAAUGUCCGCCGGAUGGAGCGGCUGCGGAUAGAGACCGACGUCUAGGCUCACAGCCUCUGCCGUGACUUAUUUCAGGCGUCUUCAGACCUCUGCGGACUGAGCCCAUAGCGAGAAGGCAGCGGGAGAGCCUUGCUGCUUGAAUUUCGUUUGUCUUGAGCAGUCACGGGCGGCAGAUCUUAUCAUUCAGGACCGGUCUUUGUAGCGGCCGUGGCAGCAGCUAAUUCAUGUGAGACCUGGCAUCCGAGCGCUCCUGGCCAGCACUAAUAUUAAUGACCUGGAACAGGCUUCAAGAGGCAGCCGAGGUGGUGGCUCAAGUUGAAGAGGCUGCGGCUGCCAUCUGGGCUCUGUGAAGCAGCUGGUGCUGCCGUCUCCUUCCCUGCCGGCGUUGGGGCCAGGGCCGCGGCUGCCCACCUUCUGUGGGGCACAGGGAGAGCAUACCUGAAUUGAGAAUCUUUAGGAACUUAAAUGUAUAUACUAGGCUUAUUCCUCAACCCCCAUUUUUCCCUCCUGUUUUGGUUUAUUUUUUCUACUUUUUUUUUUUUUUUUUUUUGUCCUUCCCUGCCCCCAGUUAUUCCUGGCUCUCCAGAGCAGGGCAGUGCCCACCCCCUUCCAGCCACUUGCUAAAUUAGCAGAUGACGGUGGUGGGUGCAGUCGGAAUCGUUCUCACGGGGCCAGAAACGGGAUGCUCCAGCCAGGGGGAAGCAAUUUGCAAGUCCUGCUGGCCGAGCAAGCCAGGAGCAGGAAGAGGAGCCGUGCUGCAGCUCCCGGCUGCCUCUCCCAACUCCGGCGGGGGGCAAGCAGAGGUGCCAGGAACAAAGAGGGGGUUCAGCCCCCCCUCCCCGGAGAGGGACAUAGUCAUGGAGGGUCAAAGCUCAGCCCUUCCCGAGGCAGAGCGGCCCCUUCUCCUCCCCUUCUCCCCCAGAAUUAGCACCACCAAGGGAUUAAGGAAGAGGGCUGAGCCAGGGUAGUUCUUUGGUCGCAGCAGAGCCGUUUGCACCAGGGUUUUUUUUCAUGAGCGGGCUGUUAAAUGCCGUAGGGGUGAUGCUCAGCCCCUCGCACCUCGUGGAGGGGAAACAGCCGCUCCGAUCCAGGCACUGCCUGGCUUUGCAUUCACAGGGGCACCACUGUUGUACCGCGUCUGUUUUGAUUAAACGGUUAAAGGAUUAAUUGGAUUAACAAUAAAUUCUUGGAUCCCACUGAAA